CAGAAAACUCUCACUUACGAGCAGGAGUUUGGAGGACAAGUGAGUUUUGGUUUUGUGCAGACUUGAGGAGAAAGAGCAUGAUGAGAUUUUGAGAGUGGAGAAUCUUUGAUCAAGCUUUAGGUCCUGAAUGGAGAACAAGGCAAUGUACCUGAGCACAUAUGAGGAGCGAGACAAUGGCUCAUUUUAUGAGGAGGGCUACGAUGGACGGAACCUGUCCAAACUUAACCUCUGUGAAGAAGUGAGUUCUGGAAAGCGGAGGAGGAAAACAGAUGGCUGCUGCGGCCACUUGGACUCUCUGUCCGCCAUCAAAUAUGCCAUCGUCUCGCUUUACAUCCUCGUCUUGCUGAGUAUCUUCGGCCUUUGCAUCGCAGUUUCCAGGUCUCAGGCAUCAUCCGAGAAGCAGGAGGCUCUGCUGGAGAACGUGACACGUUUGGGAGAUCGCUCCGAUGCGCUGCAGGAGUCUCUCGGCCAGCUGCCUUCCCAAAGUGACCUCCUGGAGAACAUCUGGAAGUUGGAACGCCUCUUCCAUAACCACAGCGAAGAGCUGAAGCAGCUAGGACACCUGGUGCAGGGUUUGGAGAGGGACAUCCGGGACCUGCAGGCAUUUAGCGAACAUGCCACGGGAUCUAUGGCCCAGAUGGAGGAGCAGGUGAGAAGUAGCCAGAGAAACAGCAGUGCAAUAGGAGCAGCUCUGGCCCGAGCCUCCGCCUCCAUCCACAGUCAGGAUUCUGCGCUGCGCGAGGCAGUGGGCCGAGUGGACAUCCUUCGGCAGAAGCUGGACGAUGUGGACUGGACCAUGAGCUCCAUCAACCGCUCGCUCAGCAGCCACAUUAGCACCCAGCAGCUACAGAUGGAGCUGUUUCAUUUGCAGCUGGGCAACGUGACCCAUGACACCAGGAAUGCCAGGAUCAUGCAGAUCCAUCUGGAGGAGCAGAUGAGGAACGAGCUUGAGAUUCUCAAUGUCAUUACCGAGGACCUGAGGCUCAAAGACUGGGAGCACUCCAUAGCACUGAAGAACAUCACGGUCAUCGAAGGUCCUCCAGGACCAAAAGGUGAUAAAGGAGACGUGGGUCCUUUAGGGCCUGCUGGAAUCCCUGGCCUGACAGGCUUUAGAGGUAUACCAGGAGAAAAAGGCAUCCAGGGUCAACAAGGACUUACGGGGAGCAAAGGUCCUGAUGGCCAAAAUGGGGAAAAAGGAGACACUGGACCAAUUGGACCCAAAGGCCAAAGGGGAGAACGGGGACCCAAAGGCGAGAAGGGGGACCGGGGGGCCCAAGGGGACAAGACAGAUGAGAACUUUCUGGUGCGUUUGGUGAACGGCUCGGCAGCACACGAGGGCCGGGUGGAGGUUUAUCACGAAGGACGCUGGGGGACGGUGUGUGAUGACGUGUGGGAUAAAAAAGAUGGAGACGUGGUGUGCAGGAUGCUCGGUUUCCGAGGAGCACGAGAGGUCCACAAAACCGGACGAUUCGGACAAGGUUCCGGUCUGAUCUGGAUGGAUGACGUGGCGUGUAUCGGGACCGAAGAAACUCUUCACCAGUGCAAGUUCUCUGGCUGGGGCAAAACCAACUGCGGUCACGUCGAGGACGCCGGAGUGACGUGUAACACUUAACAACUGACCCCACACCCCCUUUUUCCUGAGUGUUCAGGACUGCAGCAAAGCAGCUGAUUGGCUGAGAGAGUUAUGUUGAUAAUAUGAGAUGCUGUCUCUUUCUGGACCACCAUAAAAAAGACAAGGCGAUGAGUUAGGACAUCAUUUUCAGCAGGGUGGUGCUGGGGAUUCGACCAGCUCCCACAGAGCGCACAGGGACUGACGCCGGACGAACAACCAGACUGGCACAAUAACAGCCUUUACUACAAAAGGAUAGUAUUUACAUCCUAAAGCCUGUUGCCUUUACUUAUUAAAAAAAAACAGUAAUAGAUUUUAUAUUAGUACACUUUUAUUACCGUCUUUUACUAGUGACCUCAUUUUGACGAAGCACAGCCAAAUCAGUCCUCUGCUUACAGACUGAGGCUGGAAACAGGAAGUGAGAUGAAGUCUGAAGUGCAUCAGUAUUAACAGAGAGAGCAUCAGUACCAUGUGCCAUAGAGGGAAGAGACUCGCACUGUUUCACUUGUAGUUUAAUACUUUGUGCCUGAGAUAUUUUCGCUCUCUGUGUGUCUCUCUCAUUCUCUCUCUCUCUCUCUCUCUCUCUCUCUCUCCCUGUUUCUUGCUGACUGUCUGUUUCUCUCUCUGUCUCUCACACACACACCUCUUUCCAAAUAGAAGAUGAAUAACCAAUUCCAGCAUUCUGGUGCAGGGUUAAUAGCAGGGAGGAUAUUUAUGGUUCAGUGCCAAAUCCCUUCUGGCUCAUCUGGCUGGAGUGUUGAGACUCUCGUUCAGGGCUCGAUUAGCGAGAGCAGGAUUGGAACGAAGCCUCUCUCAAGGGCACACCUCCAAGCACCAUGGUGGGAUAAUGACGUAUUUUAUCAUGCACAUUUCAUCUUCAUGCUUAGGGAAAGAAAGAAAUUAUUUAUCACAAUUUGUUCCUGUAUCACAAACGGAGUGGAUCGGCAGAGACGCGUUAGCCGUCUGGAGUCAGAUUUAGUUUUUUAACUUCAGGAGAAACACUAAUACAUUUAGCAAAGAACAUUUAUUUUAACUCCCACCGAAGCUGGCCGGGCCACGGCUACAAGAGCCCGUACAGGAUAAGGACCGACUAUAUAGAUCUGGUGUAAGGAAUGGAGAGGAGAGGAGAGGAAAGGAAAAUCAUUAAAAAAAAAAAAAAGGACAAAAAAAAAAUUUAGGAAUGUUUAUUUUUCCUAUUCUGACAACAAGUGUGUUUUUUCUCUGUAAUGUAUGGUGGCUGAGAAGUGCAAAACAAAUUAACAAAUCCAAAAACACACUUAACAAAUCCGAAAACACAACGACAAUUCAGACAACCCGGAAGAGGUUGGUAUAGUUUGAUAGUUGAUUAGUUGAUUGUAUAGUUGAUUGGAGCACGUACCGAUCAUUGGACAAGAUACCUGUCACUCAAGGUAUACUGUACAUGACGUUCAACAGUCUGCCGCAGGGAAAAGUUGGAAUGGAUGGAUGGAAUGGAUUACUGUGGAUUAAUUCUGUUAUUUUCUUAUAUUUAAACGGAGAACUUUACACAUUACACAUAAGAUUCCAUACCUGCAUAUCUUGAGUGACAGGUGUCUUGUCCAAUGAUCGGUAAGUUUCCAUUCAAAAACGAUACACUACCGUUUCUGGGUUGUCUGACUUGCUAAUGUGUUUUCGGAUUUGUUAAUUUGUUUACAGAUUUGUUAAUUUGUUUUGCACUUCUCGGCCACCGUAGUAACGUGUAAAGAAGUGUAAAAUUCUGGCUAGCAGAGUGUGAACGUCACACUAUGACCAAGCUCUUAAAAAGCUGGAAAUGAAAAUAAAUAUAAUUAAUUCCGGCUGUAAUCUGAUCCCGGCUCUUAAAGUAUCUGAACUAAAAACUGGUGACAUGUAAAAUGUUGGACAUUCUGGUUGAGAUAUGUUUUCAAAACUGCGCACACACACACACACACACACAUACAAAUAUAUUAAAUAAAGCAUUAAUGUGUACAGUUCUUACCUUUAAUCUUCACCAUCAUUGGAUUCAUCAUUGAUGACUAAACCUCUCCAGACCUAGCAGUUAUUUCUAGGAGGCAUUUAAGAGAAAAGUGAGAUUUAGUGCCUUAGAUGCAACAUGGAUCUUGAGGAAUGCUUACAGAGGGAAUUCUAAGCCUUAAAUAACUCAGUUCCUGUUUUUUUGGAUGUGACUCUGUACUCUCUAUAAAACUCUGUAUGUGACUCUGUAUGUGACUCUCUAUUCAACGCUAUGUGACUCUCUAUGCGAGUCUGUAUGAGACUAUUUGACUCUGUAUGUGACUCUAUUCAACUCUGUAUGUAACUCUCUUGUGACUCAGUAUGACUCUGUACUGUAUGUGACUCUCUACGACUCUGUAUGUGACUCUCUUUGACCUUCUAGGCGACUUAAUUAGACUCUGUAUAAGACUCUCUAUUCGACUCUGUAUGAAGCUCUGUUCGACUCUGUAUGUGACUCUCUAUUCAACUCUGUACGAAACAUUUUGACUCUGUAUAUGACUCUGCGUUGAAUUCAGUGCCUGUGUUCAUGUAAAUAAUGUUUGAUAUCAUUGUACCUGCAAAUAUUGUACAUUCAGAUUUAUAAAGCAAUAUCUCAGAAACACUACGGUUUUAUCUUACAGUUUCUUUUUUUAUCUCCAUAUGAAAACCGAAUAAAUAAUGUUUAUGCA